AUGUGGCAAAAUGGUACUGGCAUGUUAAUAUCUCGUCCAAACGGUGAGUAUGUGUUACAUUAUACGAAACUAUAUUAAUAUCUACAGUGUACACAUACUGAAUACAGUCACUACACUAAAACACAUGGAACACGCAGCGAUUUUACGAUUGGGGGCUUGGUAUUGAGAUGAAGUAAGUUCUCUUUGAGCGGGGGGCGGCAGAAAUAUUGGUGUUAACAAAUGAAUAUACAUUUCAUAAGGUCAGGAUAAGACGCGGAUACGGACGGAUGGUGGACGGACGGACGGAUAACUUGUCUUCUUGUUAAAUUAAACGUCCAUUUAACAGUCAUAUCCGCGAUUUAUGCAAAAGGUAAAACGCGGAUCCGUUCGUCCGCAUCCGCGUUUUAUCCUAACCCCAUUUCACAACAAGACGCUCCAUUGAGCGUAAAGUCGCUGGUCACGGACACAAUUUUUGCUGAGUGAGACAUCUGGUACAAUCUAUCAUCUGUGAUUUAGUUCACUAUUAAAGCUGAUGUCCAAUCUUUAGACUCCAAAUAAGCAAUACCCAUCAUACCUUGUGCGCUCAAUGUUUUAUGAGUAAGGUUUGCGGAGAUUUUUGGAGGACAACAUUUUGCAGAGUUGAAGAUUUGUAAUGCAGGCAUUAUAUUUGUAAAUUGUAUAAUUUUAUAAUUAAAUACAAAUUAUAUAUAGUGUUUUCCAGAUUAUAAUAAUAUUUUAAUAUUUUGAGCUUUCGACUCGGUUCUUCGAGUCUUCAUCAGAAAGAUUGAAUAUUUGAAUUUUCGCGCUGUUGUUCACGUUGUUGAAGUGUUCGGGAACAUCUGAUUGGUUGACGGAUUUCGGUGCAUUGAUUGCCAUGGAACACGGGUGAUUAUUACAUCGCGAACUGAUGUUGAGAUGGAAGUUGCGUGUGGGUUAAAGGUUAAUAAAGAUGAAAUUAGGAGUUUUAUGCGAGCACUUUAGUUGUAACUAUAAUGUCAAUAUGACGGUUAAAUGUUAGUUUAUCUAUAUUAGGCCACGCUGCCUUAAUUAAACUCACGGGCAUGUUUUGUUCUAGUUAUCACUUGUUUGAGACCAGUCAAAUUUGUGCCCGUUGUCGCCUGCGCGCUUAGCUGGAAAUACAUUAUGGUCGUGUCUGUCUGAAUCUUCUUAGACGUUUGUCCAAUGUACUUGUGAGAAAUUACUCGUAUGUAGUCGAGGUUUCUCUUGUAGUUGGCUCAAACAUCGUACAUUUUUCUCACUUCAGGUUUUAUUGUGCAGUCCAACCAUUAACAAGCCACAGUCCAUCAGACAAACUGAGCUAUUUCUAUGGUUUACCCGCCAAACCAUUUCUGGGUUCAACAAUUGGGCAAGUGGUAGACAGCACAGCUGAGAAAUACCCAGAUCGUGAAGCGUACGUAUUUUGUGAAAGUGGUAGGAGAGCCACAUUUGCGGAGCUCAAAAUUAAGGUAACGUUAUAAGAGCCACAGUGCAGGUGUGCCGGAAAUGUGUGUCUUUUUCUUAUGAAAUAGGAAAUUUGUUUUAGCAUAAUAAGAUAUACACCGGAAAUUUCUUUUCAAAAUCCUUACUAUGGAAAUGUAUGGAUCUUCGCUGGAAUUAGUAUGGAAAUCCAAUUUAUUUUCAUACUAAUUGUAAUUUCCAUACUAUGAAUAUAGUAUGGGACUGUAGUAUGGAUAUACUAUGGAUUUAGUGACGCAAUGGAUUUCCUCAUUUUUUUGUGAUAUUUUGGGUAAAGAUUUUUUCUAUCAAAAUCACUUUGCACAAAACCAAAUAAAAUUGCAUUAAUCUCAGCAAAUCAGAAUUGAGAAUUUUUCAUGAAUAUUCAUUUGAUCAAACACAGUAAAAUGACAUAUGCACCCACAUUUCAUGGCCUUUUUAAACUAUAUAACUGGGGGGGUAAAGUCCCCAGUCCCCAUGGUGCCCCUCCCCCACUCAACCAUUUUGCCCCCCAGCCAAAUUACCUUUUCUCUAAAAUACAUCCGAUGUUAACAACACAAUGUUUAGCAUUUUUUAAAAUACAUUGAAUCAUUUGAAGAUAAAAGACAUGACAUAAGAUUCACAAAGCAAAUUUCAGUUACAUUUUUCUUCCGAUUCGGAAGAUUUUCUUCCGAUUAGGACUAAAUAAGGAAGCAAGACCAAGAAGCGAUAAACUGGCCCAUGCAUUCUUUUGAUAUUUUUACUAUAUUCUCAGGCAGAUAAACUUGCCGCAGGAUUUCUAACUCUUGGCCUCAAGAAAGGUGAUCGAGUUGGUAUUUGGGGUCCGAAUGUUGAGGAAUGGAUUUUGACGCAAUUUGCCACGGCGAAGGCUGGAUUAAUUCUGGUACGCCUUGAAUAUAUUUUUUGAUAUUAUGAAGUAAAGUUACUAAAUAAAUUAAAAUCAAAUCGACAUAUUUUUUUCAAUGGCCUAUCUUUCACAUUUUGUUUCAUCACUUGCUGUUAUAUAUUUCGUUCUUUAGGUUAACAUUAAUCCAGCUUAUCGAGUCGCUGAAGCUCAUUAUGCACUGAAAAAGGUAAUGCAAUCUGCGGCCGAGUAUACAAUUGUGAUGCAACAGAUGGGAUUUAGACAAUCACUGUGUAAAAUUGACCCAUGCGGAUACUUUUAAUUUCUAGUUAUUUCUAGGUAUUUGUAUAACCUAGUCCUUGUCGUUCUGAAGCUAGCAGUGUCCAAGGAAGAAAAAAAAAAUUAAAUAGAAAAGAGACGGAGAAAGAGAGUCAGGGAGAAAGAGAGCCUGGGAGAAAGAGAGCCUGGGAGAAAGAGAGCCUGGAAGAAAGAGAGCCUGGGAGAAAGAGAGCUUGGGAAAAAGAGAGCCUGGGAGAAAGUGAGCCUGGGAGAAAGAGAGCCUGGGAGAAAGAGAGCCUGGGAGAAAGAGAGCCUGGGAGAAAGAGAGCCUGGGAGAAAGAGAGAAAAAGAGAGCCUGGGAGAAAGAGAACCUGGGAGAAAGAGAGCCUGGGAGAAAGAGAGCCUGGGAGAAAGAGAGCCUGGGAGAAAGAGAGCCUGGGAGAAAGAGAGCCUGGGAGAAAGAGAGCCUGGGAGAAAGAGAGCCUGGGAGAAAGAGAGCCUGGGAGAAAGAGAGCCUGGAAGAAAGAGAGCUUGGGAAGAAAGAGAGCCUGGGAGAAAGAGAGCCUGGGAGAAAGAGAGCAUGGGAGAAAGAGAGCUCGGGAGAAAGAGAGCUUGGGAGAAAGAGAGCCUGGGAGAAAGAGAGCCUGGGAGAAAAAGAGCCUGGGAGAAAGAGAGCCUGGGAGAAAGAGAACUUGGGAGAAAGAGAGCUUGGGAGAAAGAGAGCCUGGGAGAAAGAGAGCCUGGGAGAAAGAGAACUUGGGAGAAAGAGAGCUUGGGAGAAAGAUAGCCUGGGAGAAAGAGAGCCUGGGAAAAGAGAGCCUGGGAGAAAGAGAGCCUGGGAGAAAGAGAGCCUGGGAGAAAGAGAGCCUGGAAAAAAGAGAGCCUGGGAGAAAGAGAGCCUGGGAGAAAGAGAGCCUGGGAGAAAGAGAACUUGGGAGAAAGAGAGCUUGGGAGAAAGAGAGCCUGGGAGAAAGAGAUCCUGGGAGAAAGAGAGACUGGGAGAAAGAGAGCCUGGGAAGAAAGAGAGCCUGGGAGAAAGAGGCUUGGGAGAAAGAGAGCUUGGGAGAAAGAGAGCUUGGGAGAAAGAGAGCUUGGGAGAAAGAGAGAGAAAGAGAGCCUGGGAGAAAGAGAGCAUGGGAGAAAGAGAGCCUGGGAGAAAGAGAGCCUGGGAGAAAGAGAGCCUGGGAGAAAGAGAGCCUGGGAGAAAGAGAGCCUGGGAGAAAGAGAGCCUGGGAGAAAGAGAACUUGGGAGAAAGAGAGCCUGGAAGAAAGAGAGCUUGGGAAAAAGAGAGCCUGGGAGAAAGAGAGCCUGGGAGAAAGAGAACCUGGGAGAAAGAGAGCAUGGGAGAAAGAGAGCUCGGGAGAAAGAGAGCCUGGGAGAAAGAGAGCUUGGGAGAAAGAGAGCUUGGGAGAAAGAGAGCCUGGGAGAAAGAGAGCCUGGGAGAAAGAGAGCUUGGGAGAAAGAGAGCUGGGAGAAAGAGAGCCUGGGAGAAAGAGAGCCUGGGAGAAAGAGAGCCUGGGAGAAAGAGAGCCUGGGAGAAAGAGAGCCUGGGAGAAAGAGAGCCUGGGAGAAAGAGAGCUUGGGAGAAAGAGAGCCUUAUAGAAUAA